UCCCAUUGACUCUUAAUUCUCCAACUCAUCAGGGAUCGAUCUCAGCCUUAAAUGCACGCAAGGAAUCUGCCGCCAGAGCUCUCUUGAGCCAAGGAGUUCCAAAGACAACCCUCUGAGAGAGUGAAUUCCUCCUGACCUUAAUUCUGAGACUGUGCCCCACUCCAGUCCUUUAACCUCCCAGGAGGGGGGAUCAUCCCCUCAGCAUUUACCCCGUCAAGCCCCUUCAGAAUCCAUUGAGAUCUUCCAAACUUCAGCGUGUGGAGUCCCCAACCUGUUUCACCUUAGAGUGGGAGGAUGCAGGGUCAGUUCUGACCAUGCUGAUAGAGGAGGCGCUGCCACAGUCUGCACACACACACACACACACACACAGUGUACGACUUAAUCAGCCACGACUGAAGGGUCUGUUUUCUGUCGAUUUGUUUCGAUUUUUCUCGUUUCCUCCCGGAUUCUCAGAAUUUGCAGAAAGCUGUUUUGGUUCUGCGUGGGGGCGCCUCUGCAAAGAUGAGUCCAAAAACUGGGAGUGUUCUGCAAAGAGCUGCAGGACGAUCAUUUCUGGUCAUUUUCUCUCUCUCACUCUCUUUCUCUGGAGAAUGGGGGGAGGGAGUGGAGAGUCUGGAUUGACAGCUGCAUUACCUCCUCCUCCAUCUCUCUCUCUCUCUCCCAAAUGUCAUUUCUCGACCAGUGACUCGCCUGGACACAUCGAGGGAGGCGACAGACAGAAACAUUUAAAAAAAAAACUCCUCUUGAAAAAGAAAGAGAAUAAAAUUAACUUUUGCUGAAAUAGACCACCCUUGAGAAAUGGCAAAUUGAUCAAUUUCAGUCCGCUUGAAAUCCCCUCGCCUUAAGGGACAGCCAGCGGCUUGAUUAUUUUUCUCUCUCUCUCUCUCUCUGUUCUUCCACUUGGCUGGAAGAGAGAGAAAAAAACUUUUCUCAAACAUUUCCUCCUCUCUCUCUCUCUCUCUCAGUGUGUGGAGGCGUUAUGGCCGGGUUGGAAGAAGCCUGGACGAAUGGUUGCUUUCCCAGUUGCUUCGGUUCUCAGGAUGAGCUGGAGAUGAGGAGACGGAGCAAGGGGAUUGACCAUAUGUUGGCCAAGGAGAGACCCUAUCUGAGGAGGAUGGUCAAAAUCUUGCUGCUGGGAGCCGGGGAGAGCGGCAAAAGCACCUUCCUGAAACAGAUGAGGAUCAUCCAUGGCCAAGACUUUGAUCGCAAGACCCUCGUGGAGUACCGGGACACCAUCUACGGGAACAUCAUCACCGGGGUGCGAGUGUUGGUGGACGCCAGGGAGAAACUGGGGUUGCCCUGGGCUAACAGUGACAACGAGAAACAUGGACUCUUCCUGAUGGUCUUCGAGAGCAGCUGCAUUGGGGUUGGCGAAGGGCACUUCCAGAGGGCAUUGCCCGCCAUCCAAGCCCUGUGGCAAGACCAGAGCAUCCAGGGGGCCUACGAGAGAAGGAGUGAGUUUCAGCUGGCUGAAUCAGUGCGAUACUUCCUGGAUAAUCUUGACCGGAUUGGCCAACUGAAUUAUCUUCCCACCAAGCAGGACAUCCUACUCGCUCGAAGAGCAACUAAGGGCAUCGUCGAGUAUGACUUUCUCAUCAAGGGCAUCCCCUUCAGGAUGAUGGACGUAGGCGGACAGCGCUCCCAGAGGCAGAAGUGGUUCCUGUGCUUCGAAGGCAUCACCUCCAUCCUGUUCAUGGUGUCGUCCAGCGAGUUCGACCAGGUCCUGAUGGAGGACCGGCGCACCAACCGCCUGGUGGAGUCCAUGAACAUCUUCGAGACAAUUGUGAACAACAAGCUCUUCGCCAGGGUCUCCAUCAUCCUCUUCCUGAACAAGACCGACCUGCUGGAGGCCAAGGUGAAGACGGUCAACAUCGAGAAGCACUUCCCGGACUUUGUGGGCCGGCCCCACCACCUGGAGGACGUCCAGAAGUACCUGCUGUUGUGCUUCAACCGCAAACGGCGAGAUCGGAGCCGCCCGCUGUUCCACCACUUCACCACUGCCAUUGACACGGAGAAUAUCCGCUUUGUCUUCCAUGCUGUGAAGGACACCGUUCUCCAGGAGAACCUCAAUGAUAUCAUGCUGCAGUGACGUGAGAGACCGUCUGCGGCCCUGGUGGGCCCAGGUCACGCCGAGGUCGCACAGGGGUCAAGUGGAUGUGACUUCAGGCCCACACUGUUGGAGGCAACUGACAGUGCGGGGAUGAGAAGAGGGGUCUAGGCCACACCGUAUUUAAUAUUUAAGACCUUCACUCCCUGAUAUUCGAGGUUCUGCUGAAAAUUCAGAUGUAUUUCACUGCCCGGCCUGGCCCUACUGAUUGAGCAUUUAUUCCUUUUGGAUUCCACACCCACCGCCAUUUUGGCUUUCGCUUCCCACCGUUCCCCUCCCCCACCACCAACAAUGUUGGCUCAGAUACUAAACAACUCCUCGGUCUUUUUUGGGAGUGCGUACCUGGGCAAUGGGAGCCAGUGGACCAUCGAAUUGAGGGAAGCAUUACCUGACUUCCAUGCCCCAGGAAAAGGUGGUAGCACUGAGGUCCAAGAACCCUCAAAGGUAGUCUUCCAGUUCCAUCCCCAUCUCAGGCCAACUGAGGUGUCUUGACCAAAAACUGAACCAAAGGCAGAGGUGAAGGAGUAAUGUCACCAGAUUGGCCUUGAUAGAUCCUUUGGUCCAACCAGUCCAUGCCGAACAUAAUCCCAAAGUAAACUCAUCCCACCUGCCUGCUCCCGGCCA